AUGCUCACCUUCCCGUUGCAGCUCCCUGGCUUCUGCGAAGGCAGCGGGUCGGUCCUGGGGGUCCAGACCCACGUCAACUGCAGCAGCUUCCUGGGCCACAAAGCCGUGUACCGCAUGGGCUUCGCCAUGGCUGCCUUCUUCUUCCUCUUCGCUGCCAUCAUGGUGUGCGUGCGCAGCAGCAAGGACCCGCGAGCCGCCGUGCAGAACGGCUUCUGGUUCUUCAAGUUCCUGGUGCUGGUGGGGCUCACGGUGGGGGCUUUCUACAUCCCCGACGGCACCUUCACCUCAGUUUGGUUUUACUUCGGUGUGGUCGGCUCCUUCCUCUUCCUCCUCAUAAUCCCCCUCAUCGACUUUGCCCCCUCCUGGAGCCAGCUGUGGCGGCGCAAGGCAGGCGAGGGCAGCGCCAAGGGCUGGUACGCAGCCCUUUGCCUUGUCACCUUCAUCUUCUACGCCACCUCCAUUGCGGCCAUAGUGCUGCUCUACAUCUACUACACUAAGCCCGAGGGCUGCACGGAGGGCAAGGUCCUCAUCAGCAUCAACCUCAUCCUCUGCCUCAUCCUCUCGGUUGUGUCCAUCCUGCCCAAGAUUCAGGUGAGGCAGCGGUGGGCUGGGUUUCUAGGGGCUGAAAUGUUGUGUGUCCCCUCCCCAGUCCAGAGCUGUAACCCCACGCUGCUGGUGAGGAACAGCACCGGCUCGGUGACAGCCACCCAGCCCUGGGACGCCCCGAGCAUCUUGGGGCUGAUAAUCUUCAUCUUCUGCACCCUCUUCAUCAG